AUGAAGCUGCUUGGAGGUUUUAUAACCUGGGUCUGUCUGGCCGCAGCAGGAUCUAAUUGGCUUACUACGUUUGUCACCGGCUUUCAGGUCCAAGUGCGAAUUCCAAUAUGGGAUGUUGCAGGACUUGUAAGAAGAUUCACAGGUUUCACCACGGACCAUGUCAGUAAUCCGAAAAAGAAAAUUCGACCUGUUCCUGAAGACUAUUGGCCACCGUUAUAUGGAUACUACGAUCCCUUGGCUUAUGCUCCGCCACCAUAUUACCCUUACCCACCUUAUGUGCCACCAACGCAUCCUCCUACAGAACCACCCACACUUCCACCAACGAAGGCACCAACAAAUCCACCAACCAAGCCACCAACCAAGCCACCAACAAAGCCACCAACUAAGCCGCCAACAAAGCCACCAACAAAGCCACCAACAAAGCCACCGACUAAGCCGCCAACAAAGCCACCGACGAAGCCACCAACAAAGCCACCAACAGAACCACCGACAGAACCACCAACAGAACCACCGACAAACCCACCAACAAAUCCAACCACUGAGACAACAACUGAGACCACAACGGCAGCAACAAUGGACUCUACAACCGACGCAACAACAGAUACAACAACAGAUGCAACAACUGAUGGCACUACGGUGGUAACAACAGAUGCAACUACGGUGGUAACAACAGAUGCAACUACGGAGGCGACAACAGACGCAACUACGGACGGAACAACAGAGGCAACAACCGCCAGUGACCUAUGCGUAUUGUUUCCUCAUCUUCCACAAUGUCAAAUAGUCAAAUCAGUACAUCUAGUAAACAAUAAGUACAGUGAUGUGUUAUAUCCGGAAAAGAAGCUAUCGAUCGAGACCAUGCCUCACUCGGUCACCUCUCUGUGCUUCUAUUAUCCGCGCCUCUGUAUGAAGCCCGAAGAAGCUCAAUUCGUAAGAUUGUCGGAUGAAAAUGGAAAACCUUUGCUCCUAAUAAGUCCAGUAGAAGAAAAACCACCAACAAAUAAACUGAGAAAAAACAAGCAAUCAGAUUUGUGA